AUGACACCCGAUGAGAUUCCCCUCGGAUACUACACUCAUCUCAACUAUGCUUUUCUCUAUAUUGAUCCAGACACAUUCGAAGUGGCUGCUAUGGAUAGCGAAACAGGGUCACUCUAUGCGAACGUGACUGAUCUCAAGAAUAAGCAACCUGAUCUCAAGGUUUGGAUCAGUGUGGGCGGUUGGUCCUUUAAUGACGAAGGCUCAACUGAGCAUACGUUUUCAGACCUGGUGGCAUCAAAAUCAGCACAGAAGACAUUCUUCGCAUCUGUGAUAUCACUCAUGAUUAAUAAAGGAUUUGAUGGCCUGGAUGUUGAUUGGGAGUAUCCAGCUGCAACGGACAGAUACGGGACUGAUGCCGAUUUUGACAACUACGUCAGCUUCUUGCAGAACCUCCGCGAUGCGUUCGACGCUAGUAGUUACAACUUCGGAUUAUCGAUUACCUUACCAUCAUCAUACUGGUACAUGCAGCAUUUUGACAUCGUAUCCAUCGAUCCGAUUAUCGACUGGUUCAACGUAAUGACGUAUGAUCUGCACGGAGUGUGGGAUAGCACGGACCCAUACAUUGGUUCCGUCGCGCUCGCACACACCAACCUUACAGAAAUCACCGAAAGCUUGGAUCUACUAUGGAGAAACAACAUUGAUCCAUCCAAAGUGAAUCUGGGACUUGGCUUCUAUGGAAGAAGCUUCACGAUGUCUGAUUCCAGCUGCAUGACCGCAGGAUGCCCCUUCUCCGGCGCAGGGACUGCUGGUCCAUGUACAGCCUCUGCCGGGAUUCUAUCGGAUAUAGAAAUUCGGAACAUUAUUGCUGACGGAGCAACGGUAACCCUGGAUGAGACAGCAGCUGUUCAGAUUGUUACCUGGGACACGAAUCAAUGGGUCUCGUAUGACGAUGCGACGACUAUGAAAAUGAAGAUUGACUAUGCAAACUCGAUCUGCUUAGGGGGAACUAUUAUAUGGGCUGUUGACCUGGAUGAUUCGAACGGGACAUCCAUAGACUAUCUAGGCUCUGGUCUGAACCGAACCGCAAGUACAAUUUAUAACGACACCACAGUUGAGAAUCCUGGAGACUUAGGGUCCGCAAUUGACAGCGACGACUCCACCUCGAGCAAAAAGAGGAGUGUCGGGGAGAGCUUCUUGGGGCCGCAACUCAAUCACCAUCGGCAUGGAACUCAUGGCAGAAAGGGUAGAUCCUGGUGGCAAUAG